UUAAUAGUUGAAACUGGAACAUAGCUGGACACAUCUUAUGAAUUGCCUACUAGAUACAUAAGAAAAUUCUAAAAGUAAGAACUAAAGGAGGUUUGACUGAAAGCUGAGCCUACAUUGUGCAGCAGAGCUGAAAAUUUACCUGGAUCCUCAAGUUAAAAAUAAAAUGGCUUUAUAGACACUUUUCGUAUUAUAUACAAAUAUUUCAUCUCUUAAUGGUAAGUUAAAGGCAAUAACCAAGUGAUUUCCCACACAGCUGCCAGCUCUGAACUGUCAUCUUCCAGUGAGACUGCCUGAAAGAGAACUGGGCAUUGUGAGUGAAAGGCUUGGGGUCAGGCCAGGACUGUAAUCACAACAUAGAUGUAAGUCUAAGGGUUUUGCCCUUGUACCAUGCCCUGUUUUAUAAAAGGGGAAAUGUCAGCUACUAAAACAGCAAAAACAUCAAAAGAGAGAGGAAAAAACCAGUUACUAUUGGAUGACUGGAAAAUUUGUUUAAACUACUUUACAGGAGAUCUCAGGUCAGAGUCUCCAAAGUGGGGUGUGUAUCCCAACUCAUUGAAUUGCAGGAAGAAAAUGGAUUUUGUACCUUUGAUAAAUAUAACUGAAGAGAAUUUUAAGACAGUGUUUGUUUAACGUUUCUCUCCUUUUUUCAUUUUUAUCUUUGUGUAUGUUUCAUAAUAUAUAUAUUUAGUACAGAUGUAUGUGUAUACAAUUCAGAAAUAAAAAUAUACUGAAGGUGAGUGCUCACCUUCAGUAAAAUUUUUUGCUGAUAGGGUGCAUAAAAAAGGUGGAAACCACUGCCUCAGAGCAUUCUUCUAGGUCUUCUACAAGAAGGUAAGCAAUACUAGAAAGCUUGCACUUUGAAAUGACAGGACAUGCUAGCAAAACCAAAGCAGUAUUUUGACCUCAGUUUGAGGAAAAAAAGGCAAGAAAUUUGCCCUUCUCUCUCUGCGUGAGCUCCACCUGUGGGUCUGGUAAUCUGUUUUUUUCCCUCCUAAUUUUCAUGUCUACUCCUCACCACCUCCAAUCCAGAAAUAGGUAAAGCUUUAAAUAGUAAUGUAUCAAUUUCCACACAUUUUCAAAUACUGGAAAAUUCUCUCCAUUUAUCAUACCCCUCUCUGCAAUGCCAUAGUGCCUCAAAUAUUUUCUCAGAGUGGGCAGCAUCCUCCACCUUGCUCCACUUCUGUGCAUCACUUCCCUCUCUCCUAUACCCAAUCUUCCAUCACUGAACAUGAAAUAAUGUGGCAAAGUUUUAGUGUUGUAGGCGCUUUCUGUAACUUGUAAUGGUGCCAUUAUAUCAUCAACCUUUCCUUGCCUGGUAAUUCCCCCCUUAGGAACUCCAGCAUGAAUCACUUGGCAAAACACAACUAAAUUCACAUUAGAAGUCUUAGCAGGUUCUUCAAAAGCAGCACUCUUAUAACCUUCUGAUGAAAAUACCACAAGAAGAAGAUCUAGAGAAGAGAUGUGAACACAGUUCAGCUGACAUGAACUGGCACACUAAUAUCUUCCCCUAUACAAACUGGACAAAAUAUAAUCAAAUCUGCAUGAGAAGAGGGUGUAAGGAUAGCAGUUAUUCUCACUGCACCUCAGGCAGAGGAAAACCACAUCAGUACUGAAUAUCUGUAUCCUAGUUGUGCAUGCACACAUUCAAACUAAAAACUCGUUAGAAAAUGUGAGUGCAAGGCAGUUAUGUCUGCAGUUCAUGCCUGCCCAAAGGAAAGUAGCAGGGAAGACACUCUGUUCUUCAAACGUCACAGAUAUCUCCUGACUUACAAAAGGAGAAGCUGCCUAAAGCCAAAAGUGAAAUAUCAGAAAUAGGCUCAAAAAGUGAGCAGAAAAUGAUGAAAAAAGGAAAAAUUAUGAGACACAAUAGACUUAAGUUCCACCCAGCAGCUCACUGGGUACCACACACACCAGAUGACACAUCUGUAAGAUCUUUGCAACAGAUGAACAGAGAAGACAGCAUAUCCCAAUGUAAUGUACACCAAAAGAAGCCAAACAACAAAAAAAAUCCACAGUGAGACUUUAUAGCAACAGUGCGCACAUUAAUUGAGUUAAAUUUUUAAAAAAUCACAGGAGAAAAUCCCAUUCUUGCUUUUUCAGCAGCCAUGGGGAUCUCUUGCUGCUGGAAGUGACGCAGCAAGCAGUGACGACUCACACUUGGAACUUUGCCCACUUUCACUUUUCACAUUAAGUGGACUAGCACAUGAAAUAGAAAUAUUCCCACCUGCUCCUGCCCCCAGAUUACCUAACACUGCAACAUUUUCACAAAGAACUCACAAUACAAUUUAAGAAAACCCCAAAAUCCAGACAGGACAAACACUGCAUGAAUAGUUGAUGAAAAACCCUUUGUGACAUCUGUGCUUUUGUUUCUAACUACCAACAUACCAAGGGUAGUUAACUGUGGAUACAGGGGUAUGAGAGAUGGCUCCAAAAAUAUUCUGCAAGAUUUUGCAGGGAGAGGAAAAGCUCUUGCACUAGCAAAGCUGCAGGUGCCACAGGAAAAAAAAAACCAAAAAACAUAUACACAUAUAAACAGAAUUUUAAAAGACUGAGAGACUAACAAUAUUUGUCAAUGAAAAAUAUAAGAAAACACUAAUUAACAUACAAAAUAAACACCCUAUACAAAUAAUAUUAGAGCAUGCAAUAAGAAAAAAAUAGAUGCUGGUAUGUAGAGAAAUUUUUAAAUAAACCCCCCAAAAAAGGCAACACACAAAACAGACGAAAAGACAAUCCUGAAACACAUCCCCAGCAGAGCCAACCGGAAAACUUCUGCCACACUUUCGUCUCCUGCAAUAGCUCAGUAACCAGACUUCCCCCUGGCAGCAGCCCUGAGAAAGUGUCAGCUCCCGUUCUCAUAGCAGCGUCCCCUCCUGGUCAGUGACAAGCACCAAAGCCCUCAGAAAAGCAAACAGAAAAAACAAAAGUGAAAACAAGAAAUGGAAAUUAUCUAGAGGAUGGUGAUGAAAGGAAAGCAUGUGCAUGGGCACAUAUAAAACUGCACACCCAGCAGCACCCCAAGCAAAGCAACCACCACUACCGAGCCAGAGCAGGUUCCUGCACCGUGCCCUGAGUUCCACCAUGGCUGUACCUGGAUACGCACAGCCCUGCCUGUGGCACAGCACCCUGGCACUCCUGCUCCUCAUCGUGGCUCUGGCCACUGGCCUCCAGUGCCACCACCUGCGCACCCACGAUCCUGGGAAUGCACUCCAGCUUCUGCAGGACAUGGCUCCAAGCAUGGCACAGUCCUGCAAUCUCCAAGAGCGGCCCUUCUUCCCCGACGCCCUCCUCCACAACAACCUGCACCCGCACCAAGCCGCCGCCAUCGCCCUACGCAUCCUCCAGCACCUCUUCCACACCCUCAGUGGAAGCAGCAGCAGCCAGCACUGGCCCAGCCAGCCUCGAAACCACCUCCUCAACCAACUGCAGCACCACAUCCACCACCUCGAGCAAUGCCUCCGCGACAACGUUGUGCCCUUUAAAGGACCGCGCAACCCGCUGCUCGCCAUCAACAAGUACUUCAGGGACAUCCACCUCUUCCUCCACGCCCACAACCACAGCGCCUGCGCCUGGGACCACGUCCGCCUCGAAGCUCUUGUCUGCUUCCAACAUGUGGACAGACUCAUACGGCGAAUGAAGCACCAAGCUGCUCUGGACCCCACUAAACCCACGGAUAGCAAACACCCAUCCCCAGCCAGCAUCAGUGGCCACGGAUCGAGUGGUGAUGGCAGCAGCACAGGCUGGGAUCACUUGGUACCAGUCACACCUUCUUCCAACUGAUGAGCUGAUGGGGAAAGGGGUAUGACCAUGGUGA